AUGAAGCCAGGGUCAAAGAUUACUGGCAUGUUCAUGCUCGUCAUGUGCACAUUUACAAUCAUCUUGACAUCAUUCGACAUUAGAAGCAGCCCUCAGAGCGUCCCCCUACAGGAAACUUCUCCAAACCCAUUUGUUACCCUCUCGGACUCGUCCUUCCCUGGUGCCGAAGUCAAGACGAGCAAUCCGCUGGGUCCUGGUAGGCUUAUGCAAGUGCAGAAUGCGGAGCUCGGUUCUGCGGUUGAGCGCACGGCUUUCGUUGUCGUUACUCAAGGAACCGGGACUCCACUGUUUCAAGCCCAGCUGCGGACCUGGUUUUCCCUCGUGCCAAACCGUCUAGUUUACGAAACGAAUGGCGAGCUCAGGGGAAGCUCUUUCAUUGAAGCGAUGGCAGUUUUGAGUGCUAAAUUUAAUACUGCCCACUUCGAGUGGUUUGUUCUCAUCGAUGACGACGGGUACAUUGACCUUGAACAGCUGGACAGUUUGUUGGAAAAAUCUCAGUCCCCUGACCCAGUCUACAUGGGAAUCCACCACUGCCAAGGCCCAAAUUUCAGGUGUAGGAAGGGUUCAGUGAAAGAUUCUCUAGGAGGUUGGGUCAAUGGCGGGGCGGGUACUAUCAUGAAUCGUCGACUUGUAGACAUGGUCGAUUGGAGUCUCUCCGUGAAGCACUAUGCUCGAAAUUGGCCGUACAAGCCUGUUGCUGCUGACGUCGCACUAGCGUGCGCAUUACAGGACUAUGCUGGGAAUAGUAACGAUCAAGAAGGCAGUAAGCUGAGUAUCAAACAUGUGGAGCAGAUGUAUUACGGACCUAAAGUAAUGAAAGAGUGUGAAUGCAUGAUCGAUGAGAAUCGCCUCUGCACAAACGGGACCAUAUUACGGCCGAUUUCCUUACAUCACGUCACGUCUGCUGGAAUGGACGCCUUAUUCUCGGCCAACACCAAAAACAGAACGAGGUAUUUGUGUAUGGCCGGGAGUGAUUCACACGCGUUUGAUCGUGGAGACUGCAUUUCUGGCUCUCAAUUUAAGGAUUGGUUCGAUUCCGAUUGCCUCGAAUGGAACCACUUAUCUGGCCCUUGGACCACCACGGUGGACACCUCCCAGUGUAAGAAAUUCAUUCACACUCGUUCAACUUGUGUCGAACGAGAUGGUGCAAUCGGACGUGUGCAGCACUGUGGACACUCUAUGCGCUGGAAGCAUCUUGGUUCCCUUCCGACAUGGGUGCUUGACGACCCACGGAAGAAAGAAAAGUUCUUGGCGUAUAGCCAAUAUCGCAAAAAUUAUAAAUCUUCCCAGGCGAAAAAUGUUCUUCGCGUCGAUAAUGGUACGGGCAUCUCGCUGUGGGAGUCCAGUUGGAACGGUGAUUUAUUCCUCUCACCUUCGUCACUCAAUCAAAGACGUCACAACAGUUGUGCGGUAGUUUUGCGAGGUCCCAACCUAUGCAAGCAUAAUUUGUCCGGUAUAAUUGAUUCAACCGAGUUUUUCGACGCGGUAUUUCGCAAAGGGAACGAUUUCUCCCACAUUCACCCUGAGGAAGGAAUCAGUAAGUGCAGUGGGACGCGAUCAACGUAUGCUGUCACGCAUACACUUGACACGAAACAAGUCGGUGACACUUUGCGAUCCAGCGAAAAUAUCGUCAUGAUUCCAAAUGACGAUCCAAAGUUGUUUAAUGAUAAAAAUUUGCGACAUGAGGGGCGCAAAGUAAACUUGAUCUCACACCAUUUUGCGAUGUUUCUGCGAAAUGCAACCUGUCCAUGUCAACUGCCGCCAAAGAGUCCUGUAGUACCUGGUAUUUCUUCCGGCUUCUAUAUCGUGAUGGUGGCGAAAUUGAUGUGUGAGAAGGUCACAGUAUUCUGUUGGGAGAACUAUGGCUGGGGCACACCCGCAUUCUUUGAAACAAACGCUAAAAUUUAUGAUGAUGGCAUACAAAGAAAUAACCAUUUCGCGAAUUUGAAUGCAGAUCCCAAAAGCGAGCACUGCUUGCUCGAGGAAUCCUUAUGGCUUCGAGAAAUGAGGGAUGAAGGGCAUAUCCAAUAUGUCUGUGGUUCAGAUAAAACUUUUGUACCCGCCUGGAGAAUGAAUUUCGGAUUGCAGCAGGAAGAGGGAAAAUGA